UAUAAUGAUAAAACUAAAUGAUUUUUACACAUUUUAAUACUAUGAUAUUAAUUUCCGCUUGUUAAAUUAAUAACGAUAAAUCAAUGCAAACAGUUUUCGUAAACAAAGCACUGCUGUCAGACAGACAAACUUCGAGUUCGACCGAAAUAAAUUCAUUGGAUUGGAACGAAACUCACUGAAUAUGGUUUUGUGUUGAUAAAAAUUACAUUUGCUUUUAUUUGUUUUUGUAUUUGAAAAUGGAAUUCUUUUGGCUUUUAUUGUCGUUAUUUAUGUUUUUGCAACCUACAAAUUUACAGUUACUCAUAAAUGUUAGGAACCAGGGUGGUGAUGUUAUGCAAGAAAACAUAACAGCAAAUGUAUCGGAGGAUACUGUCAUACUGGAAUUCUUAAGAUUGGAUGGUGUUUUUAUAUCGCAACUUGUGGAUUUUACAAAUGAGGUGGAAGCUAUGAAGAUAGUGAUACCAGCUGAAGAGGAACUGGGCCAAUCUGGACACCAGGCACUGUGCUUCCUGACACAUGCUGCACAGGCUGACUUUAUAGCACCUGAUGCCAUGGCUAAACUCAGACAAAAAAACCCGGGCACUGUCCGCAUGGCAGAGGAGGAUAAAGGUUGGCGCCAGAGUACUGCGACGGCGUGGGCUGGACGCGCUGCCCGCUUGCUGUCCGCGCCCGCCGCGCGACACUGCGCCCUCGCUCCGCAUGUGUACCUGCGGGCUGCAGACCUCGCGCGGUGGCCGCCCAGACCAGGCAUGGAGCAGUCGUACUCGUCGUCGGUGACAUCGUUCCCGGAGCGCGCGCUGCCCGCGGGGGGCGAGGGGCAGCCCGCCGCGCCCGCCUGCGCCGUAGCCAGCGCGGCACAGGACUGCAUGUGCCACAUAGAGGUGUGCGUCAAUUGGUACCCGUGCGGCUUGAAGUACUGCAAGGGUAAGCCGUCGGGCGGGCUAAGCUACCGCUGCGGCAUCAAGACGUGCCGGCGCUGCUACCGGUACCACUUCUACGUGUUGCAGCGCUCCUCCUGCCCCGGCGCCGGCCUCUCGUGACCCCGGGCCCGGCGCCCGCGCCGCACUCUCUCGUCCCCGUGCCAAUCUUACCGAACCCACCUAGCUCUAAGCAUAGCUUUAUCUUGUAAGUUGCGACAAUAUUAUUGUAAUGUUUAUUUUUGUACAUAUUAUCGUUAUCUUGUAUUAUACUCGUAUUGUAAGAACGAAAUAAAGACUUAUUAUGAAUAAUA